ACUCCGUAAUUUGUAAACAUUUGAACCGAAUUUCAAAUAGGGGAUUUGGUAGCUUCUUUCUAGGAUAUUUCAACCUCAGCCACUGUCGCCGCUUUUUUACAAACUAUACUCACUCUAUCGUCUUCGUCUUCGUCUUCAACCGUCAUCCGUCGCCGGCCCCGUCUGCACCCUCAGUUUGUUGCUACGGAAGCUUGAAAAGAAUGCUGCAGUUAGCCGCCGCUGGCUGUCUCUCAGUUCAGUCUGCAGCACCAAUGCUUUUGUCUCCCCAUUUGCAGUUCUGUUCAAAACCCAAGAAUUGUGUCUUGUCGAGAACCCCUGGUUGGAAUUCUUGGAGUCCUGCCAUUAGAUCCUCUCCACUAUUAUCAACCUCAAGAAAGUCCAUUUGCAGACCGCCCUUGGGGAAAUAUGUCAGAGAAGAUUACCUUGUGAAAAAGCUCUCUGCCAAAGAGAUCCAAGAGCUGAUAAAGGGAGAAAGGAGCGUGCCAGUGAUUAUUGAUUUCUAUGCAACAUGGUGUGGUCCUUGUAUACUGAUGGCUCAAGAACUUGAAAUGCUUGCUGUCGAGUACGAAAGCAAUGCACUUAUUGUGAAGGUUGACACAGAUGAUGAAUAUGAAUUUGCACGUGAGAUGCAGGUUCGAGGAUUACCUACAUUGUAUUUCAUCAGUCCAGAUCCAAACAAAGAUGCAAUCAGAACUGAAGGUCUCAUCCCAAUACAGAUGAUGAGGGAUAUCAUUGAUAAUGAAAUGUAAUCCAUUGUGAGCACCAUUACUUGAGCCCUCUAUUUUUAAUUGUAAUAAAAUUCAAUUUCAUGUUAUUCGCAUUAGAAGCCUUAUUUUGUAGAAAGAAUUAAAAGAAAAAAUCUGCAAUUCUUAUAUAUACUAGUAUUUGUACGCGUGAUGCGCGAAAGUUCAUGCCCAAUAUUAAAACAUUAAUAAAUAUAAAUAAUUAAAAUUUUUAA